AGGUUGGUAGCGUCGUGUUUUUUUCCCUUUGUGCUAACGCUUUGUACUAUAACAGGACUUCAAUCCGGCAGGCUUGUGUACCAUUUACACCCGCUUCUAUCUGGGCUCUGCGGUGUUAUGCUUGACCAUUGGACUUUUGAUGCUCGUAGCCUCGCUUUUCUUCGCGGUCUCUUUGGAAGGCCAGAUUCGUGGUUUCUCUUCGGCGUUUCUUCUGGGCUUUCUGGCGCAAAAAGGUAUGUGCGCGCCUGCUUACGGAUGUUUCAGGCCUGAGUUCAUGCUCGUUCAGGAUGCCAGACAGGAGUGUACAUGUCUGACAUCGCCAGACAUGUUAACAUGGUGCGUGCGGAAAUCUUCACCUCUGUAUGGGCUUGGAGGGAUAUGUGUGGGUUUCUCAACCUCAUUAUUGAGUCGGAAGGUUCGCAACUGUCUGAUGUCUCGCACGCAAAGAGGUUCUUGGAGUCUUUCCAAACUUCGUUCAUGAGUGGAGGCGUAGAGU